AUGGAGUGGAAAACAUUAAAUGAAAAGGAAUUGGUGGAUCAAGCGCAUGUGGUCUCCUCUAAAUGGACAAAACCGAAACCAGGUUGGUUAAAAAUCAAUGUUGAUGCAGCUUUGGACGUCCGAAAAGGUGGUAUGGGGUUUGGUUGGGUAAUCAGGAAUGCCAAUGGUAUUUUCAAGGCCGCAAGAGCUGUCCCAGUCACCGGUGUGUGUUCACCAACUGAAGCAGAAACAGUGGCCAUCCGCGAGUUGUUAAGUUGGCUAAAAGAUCAAUCUCCCUCGCAUGUUCUUAUUGAAACUGAUGCUCUCAAAGUGGUUCAAGGCCUGAACUCAUGCUCCUUUGAUUCUGCUUUUGAUUUGCUUUUAUGUGAUGUUAGAGAUCUUUUACGUAGCUUUUCCAGCACGUUUAUCUCAUUUGUCAAGCGAUCAGCGAAUAGGGCUGCUCACCUCGUAGCUAGAGAAGCUCUUUCCUUGUCUGAUUGUAGGGUAUGGACUGAUCAUCCUCCCUCCUUUCUUUGUAAUGUUCUGUUUUUGGACCUUUGUUAA